AUGGACAGCACCAUGGUGGCACACCCCAUCUACCCCAAGACCGACGACCGUCAACAAGCCUUUGUUGCUCACCAGCAGGGACAUAUGGCCAUGUACGCCGUGGCACAGUCCACGGGUAUGUACGUCCAUGCUCCCACGCUUUACAACAAUGUCAUGACCCCCGUGGGCUCGCCCAUGCCCUCAUCUACCCAGAAGCCCUCCAUCAUGCUGGAUACGGACGUGGACUCCUACUUUCCCUCCACGCCGCCUCUGUCCACUUCGGGCAGCACUGUCGGCAGCCCCAAGAGCUUCGACGCUCUCCAGACGCCCAUGAACCCUAUGUUCUCUGGUCUGGACGAGAACGAAUUGCCCAAUGGUCAUAUGGACCCGAUUGAGGCUUCCAUCCUGGACUGGUCUAGCUGCGGCUCCCCGCCCAUGACGCCGAUGUACCUUCAAUCUCAGUCGGUCAAGGCACCUUCUUUCAGCAGCUCCACCUUCAACGACUCCUUCUCCAACACUUCGUGCCCAUCGCUCUCACCGUCUCCUGCGCCGUACGCCCAAUCUGAGCACGACAUCUCCUUCUGCGACCCUCGCAACCUGACCGUCUCUGGCUCGUCGGCUCACUCCACUCUCGCCCCAGAGGCUUCCGUCACCCUCACCCUCGGCUACGACGAGGCCCGCCUGGCUCAGCCAAAGGCCGAGUCCCACGUUGCUACCCACCCCACCUUUGACUUCAACCCGGAGCUGCCCGACGGUCUGCCCUCGUUCGAAGACCUGUCGGAUCUCGAGUCUGAGGAGGACUUUGUCAACAGCCUGGUCAGCCUGGACGAGCAGAACACCCGCGACGUCACCCGCCCCCGCGCCGGCACCGGCUCCUCGGUCGUGUCCCUCGGUCACGGCAGCUUCAUCGGCGAGGAGAGCCUGAGCUUUGACGGUGAGGAGUGCUUCCAGUUCGCCUCGGAGCCCAACACACCUGCCACCUCUGCCUGCAGCGACGACUGCCACAGGGACAAGCGUGCCAAGUGUGCCAACAACGAGCCGGCCGUCCACCCCGCCGUCACCAUGGUCCCCACCGACGCCAAGGUCGAGGAGACCAGCAUUCCCGACAACGAGGAGAGUACCAGUGACUCGAGCCCCUCUUCCGGCUCCGACACCCCCAGCGCCUCGGGCGGUGCCUCCAAGUCGUCCACCCGCCGCGGCCGCAAGCAGUCCCUGACUGAUGACCCCUCCAAGACUUUCGUCUGCGAGCUGUGCAACCGUCGGUUCCGUCGCCAGGAGCACCUCAAGCGUCACUAUCGCUCUCUCCACACCCAGGAGAAGCCCUUUGAGUGCGAGGAAUGCGGCAAGAAGUUCUCGCGCAGCGACAACCUUGCUCAGCACGGCCGCACUCACGGCAGCGGUGCCCUCAUCAUGAACAUCCUCGAGGAGGGCGAGACGGCCCCGGCCCACGAUGCCUCCGCAGCAGGCGUGCCUGGUGCACCGGCCCCGGAUGACUACAAGACCUUUGGCAAGAUCCUCUUCCAGAUCGCCUCCGAGGUUCCCGGAAGCAGCAGCAGCGGUACCGGCAGCGACUCCUCAUCCGAGAGUGGCAGCGACGAGGCCGCUAAGAAACGCAAGCGCGUUGACUAG